AUGAUGCGGCGCACGCUGCUCUGGCUCGUGAACUUCGAGCCUGUCUUCAUGCCGGCCCUCUCCCCGUCGAUGGAGACAGGCACGGUGGUCGAGUGGAAGAAGGAGAUUGGCGAGCUCGUGAAGGAGGGCGAGGUCUUCUGCACCAUCCAGACGGACAAGGCAGUGGUGGACUACACGAACACAUUCGAAAGCGGCUUCCUCGCCAAGAUCUACUGCGGGAACGGCCAGUCUGCCCCCGUGGCCAAGACGAUUGCUGUGAUGGUGAGCGACGCGGCGGAUGUCGGUAAGGCGGACGAGUACACGCCUGAAGGCGAGGUGCCUGCCGCGGAGGCGGAGGCACCCGCCGCUGUUGCUGCUGCUGCGCCGGCCGCCGGUGGUGCCUCCUCUGAGGCGCCGGCAGGCGUCACCUGUGAGCCUGUCUUCAUGCCGGCCCUCUCCCCGUCGAUGGAGACAGGCACGGUGGUCGAGUGGAAGAAGGAGAUUGGCGAGCUCGUGAAGGAGGGCGAGGUCUUCUGCACCAUCCAGACGGACAAGGCAGUGGUGGACUACACGAACACAUUCGAAAGCGGCUUCCUCGCCAAGAUCUACUGCGGGAACGGCCAGUCUGCCCCCGUGGCCAAGACGAUUGCUGUGAUGGUGAGCGACGCGGCCGAUGUGGAGAAGGUUGCCAACUACUACCCCGAGGAUGCCGUUGGCGGUCCGCCGGCUUCCGCCGCGGACCCUUCUGCCGCCGCCGCUGCUGCUGCGGUGUCAGCUCGACCCGCUUCAUCGGCCGCGUCUGCCAAGCACUACGGUGGCUCGCUCGAUGCGGCGGUGGCGGCUAGUGGCCCAAGCGUGGCCCGCAUCGCUGCUGGUCUGGAGCCCAGUGCCCUCGCUGACAUCGCUCCCUCUGGCAAGGGUGGGCGUUUCCUGAAGUCCGACUUUUCCGGUCAGCCCGGCUUCGACUACAAUGACACCGCGCCGCCGCGAGCGAUGCAGCAGAAGGCGGCCUCCGCCGCUGCCGCUGAUGGGGCGAGGAAGGCGGCUGCGAAGUCUGCUGCCCCGGCGGCGGUAAACGGGGACGUUUACAACGUUGUUCUCAAGCCCGGUCCUGUGUACAAGAGCGUCAGCGACACGGCCCUGCUGAAGAAGCUCAUCUCCACCAUGCACGUACCGAAGCCGAAGUCAAAGAAGGCCGCUGAGUAA